CGCGUGCACGAUCCGCGCCCCCGACCUUCAGGUCCGGGCACGGAGAGUUGGAAGGGUAUCUCCGCGACUGCAGCCCCGGCAGGGUGAGGGGAUAGAGUCCGCCUUCGUGUUGCAUUGAUGCGGCUGUGGGAGUGAGGGAGGCUCCGCGGGGCGGUUGCACAUCGACAUGUACCCGGGUAGGAAGCGGAGGAAGCCGGCGCAGAGGACAGUGAAGCCAGUGUUGGCCGAUGGGGUCAAAUCCAAUCCUUCCAAGAGGCACCGUGACAGGUUAAACUGUGAACUGGAUCGCCUGGCUGGCCUGCUACCUUUCACCGAAGAUGUGACCUCGAGCUUGGAUAAACUCUCCAUCCUCCGUCUCAGUGUCAGCUACAUGCGAUCCAAAACUUUCUUCCGGGUUGCCUUGAAGAACCACAGCUGUAACAAGAUCGCCGACGGAAGCGGCAACCAUGGCAACAGGAAAGUGUUGGGAUUGGCGGACGGUGUCCUGCCAGAGGGAGAGCUUUUAUUGCAGGCUCUGAAUGGGUUUGUCCUGGUCAUCACAGCAGAUGGACUUAUUUUCUAUGUUUCCCAUACAAUUCAGGAUUAUCUGGGCUUUCACCAGACUGAUGUCAUGCACCAAAGUGUGUAUGAGCUGAUUCAUACCGAAGACCAGCAGGAAAUACGCCGAAAUCUCCACUGGGCAUUGAACCCUCCCAGCAUCAGCAAAGCAGGGGAUGCUCUAACAGGUGAGAAAGCUACCUCAACAGAUGUAAUUUGCUACAACCCUGAACAAUUACCACCAGAACAUACGUCAUUUCUCGAGAGGAAUUUUGUCUGUAGGUUUCGCUGUUUGUUGGAUAAUUCAUCUGGUUUCUUGGCUCUGAACUUUCAGGGCCGGCUGAAGUUCCUACAUGGGCAGAAUAAGAAAGCGGAGGAUGGUACUCCCAUCCCCCCUCAGCUGGCUCUGUUCGCCGUGGCAACACCUCUCCAGCCUCCGUCCAUCCUGGAGAUUCGGACCAGGAACAUGAUCUUCAGGACCAAGCAUAAACUAGACUUCACACCACUCGCCUGCGAUGCCAAGGGCAAGAUUGUUCUUGGAUAUACGGAGGCUGAGCUCCGGGCUCGAGGAACUGGAUACCAGUUUAUUCACGCGGCAGAUAUGCUUCACUGUGCGGAAAAUCAUGUCCGGAUGAUUAAAACAGGAGAGAGUGGCCUGACUGUCUUCCGACUGCUCACUAAGGACAACCGAUGGGCCUGGGUUCAAGCAAAUGCGAGGCUGGUGUACAAAAAUGGGAGACCGGAUUAUAUCAUCGCGACGCAGAGGCCCCUGGUAGAUGAAGAAGGAGGGGAGGAGCUCCGGAAACGCUCCCUCCAUCUACCGUUCACCUUCGCCACGGGAGAGGCGCUGCUCUACCAGGCUGCCUGCUCUGUCCCGGGUGUGCCUCCUGACCCUGAGGUUGCCAAAGGGAGAGGUGGCAGGGGCAGGAGGGACUCAGCUGGUAGGGCCAAGAAGGGCCAGAGGAACGUGGACCCCAGCUCCCUUCUGGGCGCCAUGAUGUGCCAGGACGAGUCCGUGUACAUUUGCCAUCCUGCGCCAGAUCCCAGGCACCCCCAGGGCAGCGAGCCCAUCGGCACAGCUGGAGGCGACUGGCAGUGGCUUGCGGGUGAUGCCAGUGAGGUGAGUCAGCAGGGGGUUAACGCCGGGCACCUCGACCCCCUGCUGUCCACAUUGGACUUCCUCGAGCCGCCUGGUGAGGACGGUUGUCUGAACAGCGAGUUGUUCAAUGCACUGGCAAACCUCGGGCUUGGUGCAGACGAGCUGCAGCUCCUCCUGUUCGAUGAGAGGACGGUGACGUUGGACACAGAUCCGGGACACAUCCCGCCGCUGAGCGACGCCUGGACAAACGGGGAAAUUCUGUCCUACGUCCACCACUCGAUUGUGAGUAAGAACGACCAGGAGCUGCCUGGAGCCCAGCGACCAUUCCCGACUCCCGGGUUUUCCCAGGCUGCGCCCGCGAGCCCUUUGACAUAUUCCCGCAAAGCCCUUGGCGAUGAGGCCCCGUAUCCCCCCCAACAUUUCCAUCGACAACAGCACUCCCUCCAAUCCAAUAACACCCCAAUAACACAGCAACAAGACCUCCUGCUGCUGACCCACCAGAGCAACCAGGCCUUGGCUCAGUGUUUCCCAGUCAGUGACGGGCAGCCUCAGGUGAGCCAGGAGGGACCCAGCCAUCAGCAGCUGAAGGGGCAUCUGCACACGCACUGCCCGUUUAAACCAAAACCCCACCAACAGCUGCCCUUGGCCGACAGCAUGCUCUCCCGUAGCCCGGCUAACACCCAGUUGUUGGAUUACCAUCGCCAGUCGGCAGUUGAUCAACCGGUGGAGGACAAACUGGAUCAUCUCCUUGGUUACGGUCAGGGCCUGACUUCUUAUCAGCAGCUGCUGUCCACAUGUCCAAGUGGGAUCACUCCAAGCACAGAUUCCCACGUGACUGGGGCACCUUGUAUGGAGUUCACGAUGAAUGACGGAACAGGCGACGAUGGCCAUUACCAUAGCUUCCUUGCCACAUCGUCCACAUAUAGUACCUUCCCAGAGAAGCAGCAGGCUCAGGAGAUACCUCUCUGCCAGUAUCAGCCACUAAAUCCUUCCAGCAACCCAUUCGUGGACCUGUGUCCAGAGCAACACACGCUCACAGUGGAUCCUUACGGAUGUUUCCCAGCUUUGAGACCUCAGGACAAUUCCCAGAAGGUGGACAUCAGCUGCCAUUUGGACAGUGGAGAGCUGGCAUUUGGUUGCGACCAUCCCAAUGGGAGCACAGUGCCCUCAGACAGACUGCAACCCGGUAUGGGCAUUCAUCAAAACCCCUCUGCAGCUGGCUAUUACCUUCAGGGACACCCAACCGGGAGGUCAGCUCAAGAUUAGCACCAGGACACAGAUUCGCAACAUGAUGGAGGCUUUCCUGUUUAAAACAAGGCAUGUUCACUUUUUGAAACAAUGCCUGCUUGGUCUUCUCAGGGUGGGUUAUGGGGAUGGGUGGGGUGGGUUUACAAACCAGUGUUUUUGUUUUGUUAAAGAUGUGUGGACUAAAGUGCUCCUAGAGUGUUAAUUAUGAAGGUCAAUAGCUUACGUUAUUCUGAUCUACUGCCCCUGUUGUAUCACCUCCUCUCUCAAUGAUUGGAAUUAGUCAGAGACAUCGAAAAGCUGGGCUGUGUUGUGUUGCACAAAGGCAUAGGAAUCUGGGAUUCCAUAGCACUGCCAUUCCGGACCAUUAACCAGCCCAUGAAUGUGUGGCAUCUGCUCAAGUAUUUCCCGCAGCGAGAUACAUGAGGAAUUGCACCCGCAUUCGUGAGCUUGCGGUGAAAUAACUGGGCUGAGUGACUGCGAAAUGGUGCCUAAGUGCACACCUUUGUUGAACAAGUCAUUGGGAAACAAAGGGGAAUUCCACCAAGACAGACAAAGACUCUCCGCUGGUAUUUCAGUGCAGUCACAUCAGAACCAUCAUGCCUCAGGAUUGACAGAACAAAGGUUGCAAAUGACCCAUCAAAGCAGUAUUUAAACCCCAGCCAACAUGAGUCCUUUGGCGCAGAGAGCUUUAUCUCAUUCUUUCUCAAAAUGUCCUGCUUAAGGAAAGGAACCUGCUGUACAAGGACGAUUCUGUAGCUUGGGCCCUUUGAGUUUUGAGAAGACGUUCUCAGAGCUGAAGUUGCAAUAUUUGGGAGAAAGCUCUAGUUGCACCACAUCUGGAGAAAUGGUGUUCAGUUCUUGGCACAAUGCCGUAAGGUGGAUACAUUAGCCUUGGGGUGGGCUAUGCAGAUUCACCAGUGAUACUGGUGCUAAAAGGGUUAAAUUACAUGCAUAGCCACUCAGACUAGGCUUAUGUUCCCUUGAGUAUACAAGCUGAAGGCUGAUGUAAUGGAAGGGUUUAAAAUGGUUAAAGGAGUUGGCUGUGUCUAUAGAUGCAUAAAACAAUUUCCUCGGGUGGGAGAGUCCAAAAGAAGAGGUUCUAACCUGAAAUUAAAGCCAGCCUCUUCAGGGACAAUGUCCAGAAGUAAUUAUUGACAGAAAGUGGAAGAGAAACACAUUGAUACAAACUCUCCAUUCCACAAGCAGUUUUUGUGAGGGUGGAAGUCAAUUAAAAAGAAAAUUCAAAACUGCAGUUUUUCAAAACUGAACAUUUUUAUGAGGCAAAGGUUGGAGGCUUAGAGAAGCAGGGGGGUUAGAUGGAAGGAGCAUGCUGAUCUAAUUGAAUGUGAAACAGACUCAAGGGACUGAAUGGCCUCCUUCUGUUUUUAAAGGAAAGUGGGGAAGUGGUCAAAUCUUGAGAGCCUGGAGGCGUCCAAGGAAUUGCCUGUUUGACUUGAAAAGGAAAAGGGAAUUGAUUGAAGUUGAUGGAGAUGAAACAUGCGAGACGAAAGAUUGAAAUAAACUUUUCCCCACAGUGAAGUGUUCGAUGAAAAGUUGUAGAACCACUUUUGAGAUCGAGAUGAAUUAUGUUUCUAAAAGGAGCGGCAGACAUAUUGACGGCCCUGUCCUCUUGUUACAAAGUAUGUGAUCAUCGGGCAGCCCAGCUGUCUAUUGGUGGGUGGGUGGGGCAUUCGCAGGCCUUUACAGAUGAAGAGGCCACCUCCACAAGCCAUCAGCUCACCAUCACUGGGUACUCACAAACCCUGAGUAGAAUCCUUGCUGGAGGCCCCAGUCAAAAAACUUUAACAAAUAUUUAGAUAAGCAUUUGGAAUAUCACAAUAUUCAAGCAUUCAGGACAAGUGCAGGAAAUUGGGAUUGGCGCACCUUUACUGGUAGUAAGGUUGAUGCAGGCUCAAUAGGCUGAAGGGCCUUUACUGUGCUGUAGGCCUUUUCCCUGGGGUGGAAGAGUCCAGAACUAGGUGUAGGGUCCCCAUACUCCUCCCUCUACCCCAGAGAAAUCCAGAUUGCUUUUGCUGUGUGGCUAAACCAUUCUUAUGAAGUGGACCAUAGGUCACAUCUUUCUAUUGAACCAAUAUUCAGAUUGAGCGAACUAUGUUCACGCAGACCAAAGUGAAUGAUCCACAUUGGUUUGUGUUAGGUGGUGUAGGGUCGCUGAUAUCUCUAAGUUUCAUUGCAUUGAGGGGCCACUCCAUCAAUAGUUACGGAGGUGAUGAAGGAUAAAACACACAAAAAACGUUUAUGGCCUCCCCUACAAAGCCUUAUUGAAUUGUCUCAGCACUGUCCUGCCCUAACCCCAUGAGAAAAAUUCCUGAAAUGUUUCUCUUGGCAUUGUCUGAUCCAUUUUUUCUUUAACAAAGUCUGAAAGCAAUCUAGUAAAAAGGUCAGGGUGUUUACUUGCAAAAUGGGCAUCACUUUUGGGAAGUGGGAUUUUUUCUUUUGCUUUGCUUGAGCGGUAACAGGAUUUAAAACAAUGAGAAUUUAUGACAUUUUUAGCUUCAGAGGCUCCUACCUUGAUUGGAUUUGAUACUGGGACAGCUAACUCUGGUUGAAUACAUCCUCAAGUGUUUUCAAUACAGUCAUUUUACCCCAUUUCCAAUAUUUUCACCACAAAUUAAGUAAAUGGAGAAGUAACUGCAGCUAUUUAUAGGCUAUGUGAUCUUUUUCUCUGGUUGUGUUUGUGACACUAUCCAAGAGAUGAUAUUUUAGUUACUUAGGAGAUUGUUGACUUGGCGGAUGGAAGCUUUACUACUAUUUGAAGGUUCAGUACAGUGAUAAAAAGUACUUCAUUUUUAGAAGGAGAGGAAAAGAUAAUCGCCUCAUCAGCAUAGAGGUGUGUUUAAAAGCUGGUGCUCUUUCAUAUACAGGCCUGCAGCCACAGAAGUGAUACUGCCACACUACCAUCAGAUUCCAGGGGAAAUUUGUAACUGAAUGAUUCAGGAAAUUCUGGUGUGGCACGGUGGCUCACUGGUCAGCACUGCUGCCUCACAGUGCCAGGGACCCGGGUUCAAUCCCGGCCUUGGG